CCCACCAAAAUCUGGUCUUCCCUCCAAUUUCCCAAAAUCUCCAUAGGCGGAGAGCAAAAUCUCCAACUCACAUUUCCAAAGCUCGAAUAAAGUUCAAGGAAUUUCACGGUCUUCGAAGCCGUCAAGCGCUUCAGCGCCGCCGACGUCUCCAAUUUCAGCGGCCAACGCCGCUUCUGUGAACUGAGGAGUCGUUUUCAUGGGGAAAGACGAUGACGAAAUGAGGGGUGAGUUAGAGGAGAGGCAAAUUAACGAGGAGUACAAGAUUUGGAAGAAGAAUACUCCGUUUCUCUAUGAUCUGGUUAUCACUCACGCGCUUGAGUGGCCGUCGCUUACCGUCGAAUGGCUUCCCGACCGGGAAGAGCCGCCUGGGAAGGAUUACUCAGUCCAGAAGGUUAUUCUAGGGACUCACACUUCCGAGAACGAGCCGAAUUACCUCAUGCUCGCCAAGGUCCAGCUCCCGCUCGAGGAUGCUGAAAAUGAUGCUCGCCAUUAUGACGACGAUCGGUCGGACUUCGGCGGUUUCGGUUGUGCCAAUGGAAAGGUACAAAUAAUCCAGCAAAUAAAUCAUGAAGGAGAAGUUAAUAGGGCUCGUUAUAUGCCUCAAAACUCAUUUAUUAUUGCCACCAAGACAGUUAGUGCUGAAGUUUAUGUUUUUGAUUAUAGCAAGCAUCCAUCUAAGCCUCCUUUGGAUGGUGCAUGCAACCCUGAUUUGAGGCUAAGAGGUCACAGCACUGAAGGAUAUGGUUUGUCAUGGAGUCAGUUUAAGCAGGGCCAUUUGCUAAGUGGCUCAGAUGAUGCUCAGAUUUGCCUGUGGGACAUUAAUGCUACUCCAAAGAAUAAGGCCCUUGAUGCCAUGCAGAUAUAUAAGAUUCAUGAGGGAGUUGUUGAGGAUGUAGCAUGGCAUCUGAGGCACGAGUAUUUGUUUGGUUCAGUUGGAGAUGAUCAAUAUCUACACGUAUGGGAUCUGCGAACUCCAUCAGUCACCAAGCCUAUGCAGUCUGUAGUUGCUCAUAAUGGAGAGGUCAACUGCUUAGCGUUCAAUCCUUUUAAUGAGUGGGUUGUCGCAACGGGAUCCACCGACAAGACGGUCAAAUUGUUUGAUCUGCGCAAGAUUACUUCUGCCCUCCAUACCUUUGAAUGUCACAAGGAGGAAGUUUUCCAAGUUGGUUGGAAUCCAAAGAAUGAGACUAUCUUAGCUUCUUGUUGCCUUGGUAGGAGGCUCAUGGUCUGGGACCUGAGCAGGAUUGAUGAAGAGCAAACACCAGAGGAUGCCGAAGAUGGGCCACCAGAAUUGCUCUUUAUUCAUGGUGGGCAUACCAGUAAAAUUUCCGACUUCUCAUGGAAUCCAUGUGAAGAUUGGGUCAUUGCCAGUGUAGCCGAAGAUAACAUACUACAAAUCUGGCAAAUGGCCGAGAACAUUUAUCAUGAUGAUGAUGAUAUAACUGGAGAUGACGCUACAAAAGCUCCCUAGUCCAGGUUUCUACUCUCCAAUGCAAAUGUAAUCCCCGGGAUCUCAUGCCUAGUUUCUGUUAGGAGGGUGUAGAGGUUUUCUCUAGUUUACACUCACUGUUGAAAUUGAAAUUAGACUGCUGCUAUAAUUAUGGCUUUUCCUAAUCUGCAUGUUCUCUUAAUCUGCAUCCAGGAAUUUUGUACUUUAGAUAGCAACUUAGCUUAUCUGUAUUUAGCGAUUAUGGUUAUGCCUAAUUAUAGCUUUUUUGCAUUCGGUAA